AUGAAGUGUAUUUUAAUCGUUGUUUUGGCUGCGUCGAUCGGCGCUCAAGCUGUAGACGACCCAAUUUGUCCGUUAAGAUAUUCCCCGAUUUGCGCUUCAGAUGGAAUUACUUACGGCAACCAAUGCUCAUUCGACUAUGCUGUGCAAAAGGACAGCACUUUAACGAUUUUGUUCCGAGGAACGUGCGAAUACACCCAUUGGGAUGAGAUCGCCUGCAAUCUCACCGAAAACCGCGUCGAGGUUUGCGGCUCGGAUGGAGUUAGCUACAAAAACCAAUGCUUAUUCAACUUUGCCGUCAAAAGGAAUCCGAGUCUGAGGAAGAGACAUGAUGGUAAAUGCGAAGAUUCAGUCAAAUCCGCACGUAACGGCCCGAUGGUGUGCGGAACCGAUGGAAAACUGUACGAUCCGUCCAAUUUCCUUGCCCAGCAAUCCGUCAGACCACAGUUGGGAGAGUGGCCGAUGAAUUUCUGCGUUCGCAGACCAGGUGAACCCAUGGGACCGUCUCCACGCUACGAGACUCCAACUGUCUGCGGAUCUGAUCUGUUGGUCUACUUUGAACCGGAUUUUAUUGCACAGCAAGCGAUCAGGUCGAAUCUUCAUAGUUUACCUUUGAGCGAUUGCUACUUCAAACCGUUCUUCCAACAAUAAACUCCAUUCAGCAUUGAUUUUGCAACAGAAAUAAAAACUAGAUUGUACAAAACA